CUAUUCUGUACGCACCACCAACAAAUUAAAGCGUAAAUGAAAGAACCUUGGGUUACAACGCAACGUCCAUGAUCUAUCGCUACAACCCUGAAUAUUUCUCCGCUGUUAUUAGAUUUUUCUUUCAUCUGUCAAUCCUCGCUUGGAUCUGAACUUUCCUGCCCAGUCUUACAAACGUCUUGGGGUAUCUCUGUCCCUCGCUCUCCGGUUUGAUUUGGGAAUAAAAACACCAGUUAUACAGCUGAUUUGUUCGGUUAGUCUUGCCUUCCUGUUUGUUGAUUUUAGAUCCCUAAUAAACAGGGGUUCUCAUCAGAAAAUCGAGACCAUGAAGAUUUGGGUUUUGGGUGUUCUGUAUUUAUAGUGCUUUCUGGAGCGAUUGGAGACUGAAUUUUGAUUGUUAUUUCUGAGAAAGAAGUGUACUUGAUAGUUGGGUCGCACAGAACUGUUGUGAGUUUGAUGAGAAUUGGGUUUCCGAAGCACCCAUCUAUUCUGUGUUCAUCUUAAGUAUUGUUGAUAGUGGGAGUUUGAGAUCUUUUGCGAACAGUGCAGACAUUGUGGUAGUCAUGUUCUAUGGUGCAGUGGUUUGGGACCCAUGGUUCAUUGUCGCCCAAAUUGUUUGCCUUCAGUGCCUUUACUAUCUUACUCUUGCAGUUUUUUUGACGAUUCUUGUUGGGACUCGAGUAUCUCGAAUGAGCCUUGCCUAUUUCUUUGAUUUCGCUACUGUCUCUACCUCAUCGGUUACUGGUUGGUGUGUCAUUUUGUCGUUGCUGGCCAGUGCAGUCGCAGGUGCUGGAUAUCAGAUUUUCCUAAUUGAGAGGGCAAAGAAGUGCUUAGAUUUUUCUGUCACCCUCUACAUCAUACAUAUCUUUAUUUGCAUAGUUUAUGGAGGCUGGCCUUCAACAAUAACAUGGUGGGUUGUGAAUGGAACUGGAGUUGCAGCGAUGGCUUUACUGGGGGAAUAUCUGUGCAUUAGACGUGAACUCCGAGAAAUUCCUAUCACUCGAUACCAGUCAAAUGUUUGACGGACGGGGUGAAGGCAGGUGAGAAGAUUAUAGUUGGACCAAGGUCAUGAGAUGCAAUACAACUUCCGGUAAGAAAUUCAUUUUAGUUGGAUUCUUUGCUUGAGCCAAUGGCAGCAAUAGAGAGCAACAUAGAAAUUGUGGUAGAUGUAGCACAUAGAGUAGGUAUGCCAUACAGCAAGAAUUUUUAUAUGUACAAUAAUAGGCAAUUGAGGAAGAUACUGCUUUCUGGUUAUGUCAUUUCCUUUGUUGAUUAGGCCCUUAUUCUUUCAUUUGAUGAAUUCACUUGAGUUUCGUAAUUGAUUUAUGGAAUGGAAAAUUUUUCUUUCCUCUG